AUUUUGUAAUAGAAUUGAGAAAUAAAGGAUAUUUUAGUCAAAUGGACUGUUUUGGUUUUUGGAAGAAAAGAAAAAAGAAGAGAUUUAAUUGGAGGAAAGGGCUCUCUGACCAAAGCUUAAGGAGAGUGUGAGGUUAAACUGAAAAAAGAAGAAUCCCAAAUUCCAACUACAUUCCUCAGGGAAGCCAAAGUGGCCUUCACAAUCCUAAAGUUAAAACUCUUGAGUGUUUUUUUUCAGAUCAAGACAAAGUUUAGAUCUUUUCUUUUUGGUUUAAUUGUUUUGACACAAACGAGGUAAGCACAAGCAGAAGAAGAAGAAGAUAGAGUUUGAGUUCAAAUUAGAUUUGUUGAGAAGAAAAAGAGUGAUUUUUGUUUUCUGAUGCAUGGUGAAGAAGAAGAAGAAGAAUAGUGAGUGAGAGAAAAAGAGUGAUUUUUUCAUUUUUCAGACAGAGAGUGAGUACUUGAAGAAAUGGGUUGUUGUCAGUCAAGAAUAGAUAGCAAAGAGAUAGUGUCUCGUUGUAAAGCAAGGAAGAGAUACUUGAAACAUCUUGUUAAAGCUAGACAAACUCUCUCUGUUUCUCACGCGCUUUAUCUCCGUUCUCUACGCGCCGUUGGCUCUUCCCUUGUUCACUUCUCUUCCAAAGAGACUCCUCUUCACCUCCACCACAACCCUCCGUCUCCUUCUCCUCCUCCUCCACCGCCGCCGCGCCCUCCUCCUCCUCCUCUAAGCCCUGGCUCUGAAACCACCACAUGGACCACCACCACUACUUCCUCUGUUCUUCCUCCUCCUCCGCCGCCACCACCUCCUCCUCCUCCGCCUUCUUCUACAUGGGACUUCUGGGAUCCGUUUAUACCGCCGCCUCCUUCUUCCUCUGAGGAAGAAUGGGAGGAAGAGACAACCACCGCGACAAGAACCGCAACAGGAACUGGCUCUGAUGCUGCUGUGACGACGGCUCCGACGACAGCUACUCCUCAAGCUUCGUCUGUUGUGAGUGGAUUCUCUAAAGAUACAAUGACGACGACGACGACUGGAAGUGAGCUAGCAGUUGUGGUGUCGAGGAAUGGUAAAGAUCUAAUGGAGAUUAUUAAAGAAGUCGAUGAAUAUUUCCUUAAAGCUGCAGAUUCUGGUGCACCUCUCUCUUCUCUCCUUGAAAUCUCAACCUCUAUCACUGACUUUUCUGGUCAUUCCAAAUCAGGGAAAAUGUACAGUAGUAGUAACUACGAAUGUAAUCUGAAUCCGACGUCGUUUUGGACAAGGGGAUUUGCUCCUUCUAAGUUGAGUGAAUACAGAAACGCAGGAGGAGUAAUUGGAGGAAAUUGCAUUGUUGGUAGCCAUUCAUCUACAGUGGACAGACUCUAUGCUUGGGAGAAGAAACUUUAUCAAGAGGUCAAGUAUGCAGAGAGCAUAAAGAUGGAUCAUGAGAAGAAAGUGGAGCAAGUGAGGAGGCUUGAGAUGAAGAGAGCUGAGUAUGUCAAGACUGAGAAGGCUAAGAAAGACGUCGAGAAGUUAGAAUCUCAGCUCUCAGUAUCUUCACAAGCCAUCCAAAGCGCCUCUAACGAGAUCAUCAAGCUCAGAGAGACCGAGCUUUACCCUCAGCUUGUCGAGCUUGUUAAAGGGCUAAUGUGUAUGUGGAGGAGUAUGUACGAGAGCCACCAGGUUCAAACCCAUAUUGUGCAGCAGCUUAAGUACCUUAACACCAUCCCCUCCACUGAACCAACAUCUGAGCUUCACCGACAAUCAACUCUUCAGCUUGAGCUCGAGGUCCAACAAUGGCAUCACUCUUUCUGCAACUUGGUCAAGGCCCAACGUGACUACAUACAAUCUCUCACGGGCUGGCUCAGGUUAAGUCUGUUCCAGUUCAGCAAGAAUCCACUUGUUAGGAGUAGCUACGAGUCAAAGAUCUACAGCUUCUGCGAGGAAUGGCAUUUAGCUAUUGACAGGAUCCCUGAUAAAGUAGCAUCUGAAGGGAUCAAAAGCUUUCUGACAGCAGUCCAUGGAAUUGUGGCUCAACAAGCCGACGAGCAUAAGCAAAAGAAGAGAACAGAAUCCAUGUUAAAAGAUUUCGAGAAGAAAUCGGCUUCGCUGAGAGCGCUUGAGAGCAAGUAUAGUCCAUACUCGGUACCUGAGAGUAGGAAAAAGAACCCGGUGAUAGAGAAGAGAGUAAAGGUUGAGAUGCUAAAAGGAAAAGCAGAAGAAGAGAAAAGUAAGCAUGAGAAGUCAGUGAGUGUGACUAGAGCCAUGACUCUAAAUAACUUGCAGAUGGGUUUCCCUCAUGUCUUUCAGGCAAUGGUUGGGUUUUCAAGUGUGUGUAUGCAAGCCUUUGAGUCUGUGUACAACCAAGCUAAGAGCAUCGGUGAGGAUCAAGAGGAGGAUUAUGUGCCUACCGUUUUCGAUAAUUUCAGUGCCAAUGUUGUGGUUAAUGGAAGCACUGUGAAUCUUGGAUUGUGGGACACUGCAGGGCAAGAGGAUUACAAUAGAUUAAGACCACUGAGUUACCGUGGAGCAGAUGUUUUCAUUUUGGCCUUCUCUCUUAUCAGUAAAGCCAGUUAUGAAAACGUCUCCAAAAAGUGGAUCCCGGAGUUGAAACAUUACGCGCCUGGUGUCCCCAUCGUCCUUGUUGGAACAAAGCUUGAUCUUCGAGAUGAUAAACAGUUCUUUAUCGACCAUCCUGGUGCUGUUCCGAUUACUACUGCUCAGGGAGAGGAGCUGAGGAAGCAAAUAGGAGCACCUACUUACAUCGAAUGCAGUUCCAAAACUCAAGAGAAUGUGAAGGCGGUGUUUGACGCAGCCAUCCGAGUGGUGUUGCAACCGCCAAAGCAGAAGAAGAAGAAGAGCAAAGCGCAGAAGGCAUGCUCCAUUCUAUGAUGAUUGGAAAUCUCUGUUUUUAUGUAUUUGGUUUUGGUAUAUUAAUCUUCUAACAAUGAAUGAAUCAAUGUGUUAAUGGACAGACACCCAAGUUUGACUGGUCCUUUUUGUUCUUAAUAUUAAUGGAGUUUGUCGGAAUCAACGUUUCUUUUGCUU